CAACCAGAUACUCGGCACCGUUGGUGCAGAUGGCACGUCCUAAGAAAGGCAAAACAGAAAAUUGGAAGUGUGUACACCAAAUACAGUGGGUUCAAAGAAAACUUCCGCAAGCUAAUCACUGAAGAGUGCAAGCGUCAAUUCGAGCUGAAGUGGCAAAGAAUGAUAAGAACAUACAAGCUUGAGAAGAUCAAAUUCAUGACGAGGUUGUACAGGUACCGGUUAAGAUGGGCGAAACCGUAUUUUAUGGGAGUCUUCUGCGCAGGAAUGACCAGCACCCAAAGAAGUGAGAGCGCGAACCACAUGCUGAAACAAAUUAUCCAACGGUCAGCUCCAAUGCAUGUCUUCGUUAGCAAGUUCAAUGAACUACAAGUCUGCCGACAAAAUGAUGAAGGAAGAGAGAGCCACAUCAGCAAACAGGUUACAAAGAAGCUAAGGAUUGGAGUGCCUAUCGAGCGACAUGCAAGAAGUAUCUACACUCGAGCUGUGUACCACAUUUUCCGCGAAGAAAUAUACAAAGCUGGUAACUACAGAAUCAAGGAGCGCAUGAAUGAUUAUACAUUUGUGCUAGUUCAUACAAUGUUUGACGAGAACCCAAAAGCUAACCUGUUCAAGGUAACAAUACGAUACAGUGAAGUCAUACAUUGCAGCUGCGGACUGUACGAGCACAAGGGCAUGCUAUGCAGACACUCUUUGAAGGUCUUGAUGACACUAGACAGGAAGGAAAUACCCAAAGACAAUAUCAUGGGGAGGUGGUUGAAAGACAGCUUAGUAACCAACCUGGAAGUCCCAUCAGUUCAGAUAAUUCCUCCAACAAUGGAAACACCAGAUAAGAUUAAGAAGAACCUGUUACUGAAGAAGGUAAUAGAGGUGGUCAGCGCAAAGGAAGAGAUAUGAGAUGACGACUUCCAGGUGGCAAUGGAAAAACUCAACCGAAUGGUAUCAAAGGGGGUUCCACAAAUAAAAGGCAGAAAAGAAGCAGAGGAAAUAAAUGGUAUAGACAAUGAUCAAAUACCUAUGUCUUGCCCUUCAAGGCCAUCCGGCGGCGGAAGACCGCCAAACACAGGGGUCAAGUCAUACCUAGCUCAACUUUCAAAGGAUAAGAAGAGACGGAAUAGUAUGAUUGAAUCAGAGCAUAAUACAACAACAUACGGAGAGAACCCAAAAGGGUGGAAGACAAGGAGGCUUAGCGUAAUCGUAUAGAAAUAUGCAUUGCCACUUCCCAUAAACAACUAAGAAUGGGAAGUGUAACCAUUUGAAUGUAUUAUAAUUGUAAAAACUAUUGUUUUAACUUAGAGACCAUCGAUCUUCAUAAA